AUGCAGUCGGGUGGACUGCACACGCCAAGGCCGCAGCACCUCGGCAUAUUGCGGUCCCCUCAUACGCCAGGCACGGGGAGUAGUGUGCGGUUUGGGAUGCGCACGUAUGAGGACGGCGAGGAAAGUUUGUUGACGGCCUCAGUGAGCAGUUCGACUGGCGAGCUCGACGCAAGUGCCCACCCGUCGCCGUCGCACGAUGAGUCGCUUCGGAGUGAGGGCGACUCGCCCGAGAUGAGCUUUACCGAGAGCUUUCUGCGCCGCGAAGUCGAUGGCGCGCUCGCCGGUCUCGACGAAAGUGGCUCCGAAUGGGCGGCGCCCAUUACACCGGCGCGCCUUCCCCCUGCUGAAGGCCAGGCGACGGCACGCCCGCCCAGGGCCACGGACCUGGCGUCUGUUGCAGAGGAUGCGAGUCCGCUGCACUCGCCAACGCAGGCAGACUCUUCGCCGCCUGAUGAGUCGCUCGCGCCUAGCUCGCCGACAAUCCGUGCAUCUCGGGCCGCGCCUGGGCCUGACGUGUCUGUGCCUCGAGCUGAGUCGUCCCAAAACGCGGAGCCCACCAAAGCGCAGGCCACCGAGACAUCUCGCGAGCCCGCUGAGCCAUCCCGCGAGCCCGCCGAGCCAUCCCACGAGCCCGCCGAGCCAUCCCACGAGCCUGCCGAGCUAUCUCACGAGGCCAACAACCCAUCGCACGAGCCCGCCGAGGCACCCGCACCGAGCCUAUCCCCUCCCGCCAAGGAGGCCCCGAGCAUGUCGCCAACACACGAAUCUCACCAGGACGACAUAAACCCAUUCGAGUCGCCGAGUGCUCCGGCCAAGUCAGCGCUGCUAGCGCGGUCGACCGGGGCGGACUCGAGUCUAGCAACAAGCAGUUCCGCAUGGGGCACGCCGCGCGGCGACACAAGUCUGCGCUCUGCCAAGAGUGCAGCGAGUCCCAGCGCGGCGCAGUGGCCGGGGAUGUACGAGUUUAGCUACCUCACCGAGAAGGAUGCGCUGGACGAGGUGGACACGGGCCCGCUGGUGCCGUACGCGGUGGAAGCGCUCUCGACCAAGCUCUUUACUAUUGACAAGCUGGACCACGUCGAUGCGCGCGAGCUCCUGGACAUGAUUGUGGCGCUGGACCGCACACACACGCAGCGCACGCUGUUCCUGCAGCACCGCCUCGCGCGCUCGCACCACCUGACGGGCCUGCUACGUGCGAGCCUCGAGCAGGCGCAGAGCAAGAUCCAGAUGGUCGAGACGUGUGUGCACGACUUUCUCACGCGCAAAGCGGCUAUGGAAGCCGACGAUACUGAUUCGACACACAGCGAACUGCGUGCACUGACGGCGCACCUGGAAGAGCGCCUCGCGACGAUGCAUGGCGCGCUCCUGGUCGGACCGGGUGCCGAGUCUGGCUCGGCCGCCGCCGAGCGCGAGAAGCUGGCUGUCGAGCGCGAAGCGCUCGCUGCGGACCGGCAGCGUCUCGAGACAGAGCGGCGCGACUUGGAGGUGCGUCUCGCUGCCAGCGCCGAGGGCGGUGAUCGUUUGCAGGUCGAAGAGGCCGUGCGCGCAGCGUGUGCGCGGGACGCCGAUGUGCGCGUGUUUCAAGCGCGCGAGGAGGCGGCGGACGAGAUCCGCCGCCUCCGCGCUGAGCUGGCCGAGGCGCGUGCGCCGAGCCUCGUGGACGUGCUGGAAGAGCGCUUGCACGAGGCAGCGGAGCAGGAGCGCGCGCUCGAGGCGCGCGUGGCCGACCUGGAGCUGCAGCUGGGCGAGCGCGCGAGUCGUGCGCCUGAGGCCGAGGCAGAGAAGCACGCGCUGGCCGAGGCGCGUGUGCGCGCCGAGGUGCAGUGCGCUACACUGCAGGGCGAGUGCACGCGGCUGCGCGAGGAGCGGGACGAGCUGGAAGCGGGGCUCAAGGCGCAGAACCAUGCGCUGCAGCAGCGGAUCCGCACACUGGAGAACGACGUAUCGCGGCGCGACCUUGAGCUUGUGCAGCUGCAGUCGCAGCGCGAGCGUCUGGAAGACGAAUCUCUGCACUUUUCGCUGGCUCUGUGCGUAGACAAGACUAACCCCAGUGCGGCCAAGGACCAGGAGCUGAGCAUGCUUAAGCGGGGCACGCAGGGCUCCGCAUACUGGCAGCUGCUCACGCGCAAGGCGGCGCCGGAGACGCGCAGGGCGUCAGGGCCGGCCCCCCGUCGCCCGCGCACGACGCAGGAGACGCUGGACCGCGUGCAGCGUGUGUUGCAGGCCGAGGCUGCGCCCGGCAAGCUGGGCGGAACCUCCACUUGA